GUUAAUAAUAAAAAAGAAGAAUAGAUUAAAUAAUUAAUAAACGUCAUUUUUUGAUUUGACACUUUGACAGCCAUUUUUUAGAUGUUUUCUUAGAAAUAAACAAUGUAAAAUAAAAAACAAUAAAACAAAAUGUACAGAGGACUCCGAAGAUUUUUUUCUGAAAAUGUAUAUUUAUUUAUAGGUGUACUCAUAGGUUUGUAUUUUUCAACGAUAUUCUCUUAUACUGAAGGGCCUUCCUCAUGUCCAGCCAAAUUGCAUCUAAUGAAGAACGAAACUGCUCAAGAGAUUAUAAAUUUAUCCGUUAAUAAGUUAGCACCGAAACCUGUUCCAAAGAAAACGAAUCCAAACAAGCCUAAGUUAAUUAGACCUAGAUAUUACUCCACUGAAUUGGGCAUUAGAGAAAAGUUGUUCGUCGGAAUUUUCUCAUCAGAAGAAAAAAUUAAUACACAAGCAAUUCAUAUUAACAAAACUAUAGGGCAUCUGGUAGAUAAAUUAAAAUUUUUUAUCACAGCUCAGUAUAAACUCAAGACUAAGUACAACCUUACUGGGUUAGUUGGAUUUACUGAUGCUAGGUAUAAAUACAGACCUUUUCAGGUUAUUAAAUUUGUAGCAGAUUCUUUUGGACAUGAUUAUGAUUAUUACUUUUUUGCCAAUGAUUAUACAUUUAUCAAUGCCCAUAGACUAAAUGAGGUAGUUAAGAAAAUAAGUGUAAGCAUGGAUGUUUACUUAGGAAAAACGGUUAAGGAUGGCAGCUACUGUAAUUUAGACUCUGGUAUUUUAUUAAGUAAUUCUGUUAUGAAAGUGAUGAGAAACCAUUUGGACUGGUGUAUUAUGAAUGCUGUGUCUGAAGAUCCCAGUGAAAAUAUUGGCAGAUGUGCUUUUCACAGUUUUGCAAUAUCUUGUCAGGAAUCCGUACAAAUGGAAAGUUUGCCAUCUUUUAAAAUUAAGCAUUUUGAAUUAGCUCCUCAUUUGAAAGAAAUGUCAUUGAUGGAAACGUUUAAUAAGGCCAUUACUAUUUAUCCUGUGUUGCAAAAAGAUGAUUUUUAUACAUUGAAUGCUUAUUUUUUGAAAGAACGAUUAAAGCUUCUAAAUGAUGAAGUACAAAAAAUAUCAAUCCCAUUAACAGAAGUUUGGCCUCCUGGUCAAAGACAAGGAGCUAAACCAGCCACGAGAUUUGAUUUGCCAAAACAGUAUUAUUUUAACAUGUCACAUGUGUUUUUUCCAGACGAUUUCACAAGCAUUAGGCAACUCUCAAAGGCAGAAAUAAAAGAACUUGAGGACAUUAUUGAGGAAGUGAAAUUAAAAAUGCAAAAUGGUAAUUCAAGAUUUUUCAAAUAUAUGGAAUUGGUGAAUGGAUAUAAAAUCUUCGAUUUAAGCAGAGGAUUGGAUUAUACUUUAGAUAUGAAAUUCGAAGACUUAAAUAGUGGAAAACAAGUAUUAAAACGAUUUGAAAUUUGCAAACCUUUGGGUAACAUUGAAUUUAUCCCAGUACCAUAUGUAACAGAAAAUACAAGGGUAAAUAUCUUACUUCCUGUUCAAGACACUGAAAUUCCUUUGGCAAUGGAAUUUUUGACUAACUAUGCAUCAGUUAUAAUGGACAGAAAAGAAAAAACGUUUUUAAUGAUAAUCUUACUGUACCAAUAUAAUAGCGAAAGCAAAGGCAAUGCUGAUCCUUUUGCCAUAUUAAAAAACUUUACCACAGCAGCUGCCAGCAAGUACAGAAAUGAUGAUGUUAAAAUAGCUUGGCUAUCAAUCAGGCUACCCGAACUACAUAAACCUUUAUACUUUGAAGACAACAAAGCUUUAAAUUUCGCUUUAGUCGAUUUAGCUUUGAAAAAAAUCGGUUUGGAUAGUCUAACUUUAAUUUUGGAUGUUUAUUGUAACAUUUCUGUUGAUUUUUUAAACAGGGUUAGAAUGAACACGAUACAGAGCUUCCAAAUAUUUAAUCCUAUACCAUUUCGCCUAUACAAUCCAAAAAUAUCUCAAAUGAGCACGAUGGAUAUUAAUAAAUUUAAUGGUCAUUUCGAUAGAGAGGAAUACAAGUAUAUAUCAUUUUAUGGAAAGGAUUAUGUUUUCGCAAGAAAAAAACAUCAACAUAUUCUACCUCUAAUUAGAAUCGAUAAUGAUAUUUCAAAAAUUCUUGAUGAUGAACGCAGAAAAAUCGGGAACAUCUUCGAAAUGUUUUUGAAGUAUCAUGAAAAACUUCACUGCAUGCGAGCUAUCGAAAUGAGUUUAAAGAUCAGAUAUCAUGAAGAAAAAGAGGAAAAGAGGAAUAAUCUGUUUUUGGGAAGCGAAAAUCAACUUGCCAGGUUAUUGCUAACCAAAGAUCAAAUCUCUGAUAUUUCCUAAGUAUAUAUUAAAUGUUUAUUUAUACAUUUUUUUUAAUGAAAAGUGCCUUUAUGUGACAGUGUCUUUAUAUUUGUACAUAUUAAAUUUAUAUAUUUUAAUAAAGAUUAUAUUUAAUUUUU